AUGUCGCUCAAACAGGUGUGUUAUGCGGUUCCUGGAGAGACCUUCUUCCCUAACUCGUCGCAGGAAAUCGAGACUUGGGUUGAGGCCCUCACCCACUACGACAAUCAGGAAUUCGAGGAAGCCUUGACCAUCUUUGAUGCUAUUGCGGACACGUCUAAGAUCUUGUUCAACUGCGGUGUCAUUCAUGCGACAAUUGGCGAGCAUGACAGGGCGGUGGAAUGCUACCAGAGAGCAAUCAAGCUCGACCAAUAUCUGGCGGUCGCAUACUUUCAGCAGGGUGUGUCCAACUUUCUCGUCGGUGACUUCGAGGAGGCUCUGGCCAACUUCAAUGACACACUGUUAUAUCUUCGAGGCAACACAUAUAUCGACUACGAACAGCUCGGACUGAAGUUUAAACUCUACUCAUGCGAAGUCUUGUUCAACAGGGGUUUGUGCUAUAUAUACCUGCAGCAGGAGGAGGCUGGCAUCCAGGACUUUACCUUUGCGCAGAAGGAGAAAAUGACCCCAGACCAUGAUGUGAUCGACGAUGCUAUCAAGGAGAGAGCCCAGGGAUAUGUCGUUUUCAGCAUACCCGUCGGAUGUGUCUACCGACCAAACGAGGCGAAGGUGAAGAACCUCAAAGCCAAAGAUUACUUGGGGAAGGCUCGGUUAAUUGCUACCUCCAACAGUGCCAACACUGGCACUGGUUUCGAAGGCGCCGAACGCAGGCAAGCUAUAGCCACUGAACUGGGGGCAAAAGAUGACAGGCCUCCCGAAAACAUCAGCUUCGCCGCAACCAACCUCGUCCAGCGGAAUCUGUCGAGCAGGGUUCCUCGAGAUCAAAGUGCUCCUCCAGUAAUGAGCAGGAACGUGUUCCCACCAACUCCGCCCCCGGAGACAGAGAAGCCCAGGACCAACAGCACUGGCAACGCAAACCUUCCCAUCCGAUCAGCUUCUUUGCGCAAUCCACGGCCACUCUACCCCACAAAACAAGACAUGGAGCCACCUCGGCCUGGUAUGUUGUCGCGUGCAGCAACUUUUGAUCAACAACCACCCCUGGGUCGGAGUAGGAUGCAGCAACCAUCCAUGAACGAGGGAUCAUGGCAAGACGGGGCCUCAAUGCUAAGUCAGCAACCUCCGAUGGAGAGAGCUCGCUACGGUACUCAACGAACAGCGUCUGAACCACGCAGAGCACCUUCACGGCGACAAGGCCCAGAUAGAUCAAUGUCGCAGAGGGUGCCAGCUCCGGCGCCUCUGUUCCGCGAACAGCCAAGAUAUGAGGACCCGACAGACGCUGUGGACGAUGUCUACAGUAUGUACGCGAGUCCACGACCCAUGCAGCGACGACCCACGCAAAGACGCCAGGAGGAAGAGUUCUUCAACGAGGAAGAUGAAUACCUCGAUGAAGAAAUCGCCGAUGACGACGACAUGGACGGUUUUGAGCCGAUCCGCGCACCAUCACGUUCUGCGUCGCGGUCCGGACGCGGCAGCAAACGGCCCGAAAUGCGCAAGGUCCGAGUCAAAUGCCAUUUCAAUGAAGAUACAAGAUACCUCAUGAUCGGCGCAGUGAUAGAUUUUGGAGACUUUGAGAGCAAGAUUCGAGAGAAAUUCAGCAUCAAAGAUCGAUUGAAGAUCAAAAUGCAAGACGAUGGCGACAUGAUCACUAUGGGCGACCAAGAUGAUUUGGAGAUGCUGUUAGGCAGCGUCCGAAGUCAAGCUAAGAAGGAGAGAAGCGAGAUGGGUAAGAUGGAGGUAUGGAUAUCAACAUGA